CUUUCUUUGCUCCUUUUGCUAAAACCUUCAAAUCCUCUCUCCCAAACGCUCCCUAUCUCUCUCAUCCUCCUUUCUCUCUCUAGAUUUCUUACAAUGGCCUCCUUGUCGUUGCUUAAGGUUUUCGCCGUCCUAUCACUGAUCGCCACGUCAUGCAUGGCUCAGGCGCCGUCCGGCGCUCCGACGGUGUCUCCGACUGCCGCUCCACAGCCGGCCCCGGCGGCGCCGCCUACCCUCACCCCGGCGCCAACCCCCAGUGGUGCAACCCCAUCUCCUUCUCCUGCGCCGUCCACCCCCGCCCCGACGCCGUCCCCGGCGGGAGAGGCCCCCGCCCCAGGCGCCUCCUCCCCGAACUCCAACUCCCCCGCCGGCGGACCAUCGGGGGACAACACUCCGGCAGAUGGCUCUAACGACGGAUUCGUCAGCAAGGCCGCCGUCGGCGCCACCGCCUUCGCGGCGGCGCUUGUCGCGGUGGCGCUGUUUUAAGCCUGCCAUGUGGCGGCGCGGAUGGGAUCGGAUCUGAUCUGAUCUCUGUUUGUAUUUUUUUUUUUUUUAUGUGGAUGGACGGUCGAGAUUUGAUUUGGUUUAUUUAAUUUGAGGGGCACAGUAGUCAUUUGACAUUCCUUUUUUCCCCCAUUUCUCCUCUGUAUUAUUAUUGUUACUAUUAUUUAUUUGAUGUCUUGUCUCAUUUUAUUAAUAGAUUUUUUAUUAUUGUUA